AUGGGUCGUCAGCCAAGACAACGGCCUAUUUCAUGUACUCUAUGCAGAGUGCGGAAACUCCGCUGCAGUCGUGUGUUCCCAUGCUCCAACUGCACAUCCCGCGGGGUGGUAUGCCAACAUGAGGGCACACCCCACGACGCUACCAUUGCAAGUCAAACCAAAAGUGCUGCCUUGCCCAAAGAUAUAUCGGCGUCUGAAUUAUUGUCGCGCCUUGAGAGACUUGAAUCAUUGGUGGCCUCGCAAGCCAAGACUCAGACCCAGUCUCAGAUCCAGCCGCCCACGACUGGAAGUACAAUAUCCGCGGAACCUGGAAAGGCUCCCUACAAUGAGCCCAGACAGCCCACAAACUUGAAUGCUGUACCGUCAAGGCUCCAGCGGUUGACUGCCGAUGCGUUGUGGCUGGAGAGAUCAUGUUCGGGCCAAAAGCUACUGGUAAGCUAG